UCUUAUCACAAUUAUUAUCAAAAAAAAUCUGUAAUCAAACUUUUUUUUUUAUUAACCUAGAAAAUAAGUAUCAACUUAUAAAAGAAUUUCUACUAGAAAAAUACUUAUCUAUAAUUACUUUGAAUAAUAUUUAUAUGUUAUAAGGUUUUAUUAAUCGUAAUUCUAAGUCAAGAAUAUAAUUUCAGAAUGAUGCAACAAGAAGAAAAUUAACAAUUUAAAACUAUGUGAUGUAAUUAUCACAAAUAUCACAAAUUAAUUGACAAACAAUAUGAGUUCACAAAAGGAGACUAUAAUAAAAAUUGAUGUACCAGGCACUGGAAGGAACAGUUCAAAAACUGAGAUAAAUAUAUUGUGUUUAGAUAUAACUCCAUACAGUCAACUGACACAGUUCCUAUGUUGUUCCGCCUUUGUUUUUAUAUGUUAUCUAGCUUAUGGAUAUUUUCUAGAAUUAAUAUUUUCAGUACCUGAAGUAAAACCUGUGAGUUUAUACAUAACACUAAUACAAUUUCUUAUAACAAUGCUAUUGAGUUACAUUGAGUCUCUAAUAAGGAAUCCAAUUAAGAGGAAGGUGCCAUUAAAAACUUAUGCAAUUUUGGCAGCACUUACAUUAGGCACAAUGUCAUUUUCUAAUUUGGCACUAAGUUACCUGAACUACCCUACUCAGCUUAUAUUCAAGAGCUGUAAAUUAAUACCAGUGAUGAUUGGAAGUAUUAUCAUAUUAGGCAAGAGAUAUGGAUUUUUGGAUUAUGUUGCUGCUAUUAUAAUGUGUGUGGGGUUGACAAUGUUUACAUUAGCUGACUCGAAAACCUCACCAAACUUCGAUGUCAUAGGCGUUAUAGUGAUAUCUCUUGCUUUAUUAUGUGACGCUAUAAUAGGCAAUGUGCAAGAAAAAGCAAUGAAGCAAUUCCAAGCAUCAAAUAACGAAGUGGUGUUUUAUUCAUAUGCAAUUGCUUGUGUAUAUUUGGUAGCAAUAACUAGUGUUACUGGGAUAUUUGUGGAUGGUUUUGUCUACUGCUCACAGACUCCAAUCACGACCUAUACGAACAUAUUCCUGCUCAGUGUGAGCGGUUAUAUGGGUCUACAGGCGGUUCUAACACUCGUGCGUAUAUGUGGCGCCACCGUCGCCGUCACUGUUACCACUAUGAGGAAAGCUCUCUCCAUUGUGAUAUCGUUCUUGCUGUUCAGCAAGCCUUUUGUUUUCCAGUAUGCAUGGUCUGGUAUGCUGGUCGCGUUGGCGAUAUAUUUAAAUCAUUACAGUAAGAAACAUCCUCAUUACAUUCCAAUGCCGAUAGCCAGGUGCUGGCAUUACUUACAGUCUUUCUAUCAAUCAGAAUAUAGAUAUUUGACAAUAAAAAGUAAAAUAUAUUCGGAUACUGUAUAGAAAAAAAAGGUUAUUAUUAUAUAAUUGUAAAAUUAAUAAAUGGUUACUCCUUCCUCUAGAUGAGGUACUAACGAAUUUAUCGAUAGAAUCGUAUCGUUCAGCGCUUACCUUUUUUUAUUUUAUUAUACCACUGAGAUGGCAAAGAUGCAUACGACCCACCUGAUGGUAAACAGAUGUCGUUGCCUAUGAACGUCUGCAAUACCAGGGGCAUCAUGCGCGCUCGUUGCCGUUCCUGAAGAGACAUCUUUACUUCUUUUUUGAAGAACCCUGUGUAGUCUCUUGGGAAAACCUCGAAAAGCUGAAAUAGAACAAGACAGCGCACAUCUCCAUCUCAGUCUAUGUCAUGGACUGGCUAGCGUCAACGAUUCUAUCAGUAGAUUCAUUUAUACAUUAUCUAGAUUAGCUAAUAGGACAAUUUUCUACUGUAAACGUCGUGGUGAACGUAUACACGUGACUUGCCAAUAUUGAGAAACGCAAUUUUGUAUAUUGUUAAAGAAAAUGAGAUUAAUGGAAUACUUGUAAUAUUAUAAUUAUAUUUUAUACAUUAGAUGAAAUCAAAUGACUAUUUUAAAAUAGCAAGUAAGUUUGUGAUCCGAGCACUUAUCUGCAGGCUGAUUUUUGACCUAAUUGAAUUAAGAUUAAAUCGAAAUCAUAUUGAAUAGUGUAAUGGUAUACGCUCUUAAUAGGUGAUAAUAAAAUGGUAACCCCGCCCGCGCUAUUGGUUUACGCUGACGAGGCACCAGUGAGUGAUGAUAGCGUGGAGGUCGACCUGAUACGAUGCUAGCAAUGGGGCAGUUAGACCCCAUUACUAAUAAUCCCUUUCCCCUGUCAAAUUGUAUAGUGAUGACAUCCUUUCGAUGUCUGUUGUUAUGUUUAUUUAUAUAGUAGUGAAAUUACAGGGUACGAAAGCAUGACAUUAUAGUCCUUAGGAAUGACAUCGCAUGGGGUGUACCAUGGACGUUACAAUGCAUUCCAUGGCGCUAUUCAUAUAGGAUAUUUAUCAGUAGGUUUAUUUACUAUUUUUACAUGUAGGUAUAAAAAAAAUAUGUUUAUAUGUUAAUAUUUCGAUUUACGCAUUAAAAAUCGGUCUGAUGUAUAUAGGUCACUUGUUUGAAUCUUAUACUAUUUUAUUCUCUUAGUUCAUUAUAUUUAUAGGUUGGUAUAUUGCUAAUAAAAUAACUUCAUUUCCAAACAAGACUGUGAUCUGGGAAUAUUUUUGUUUUAUAAUCUGUAUCUUUUUUUUUCUUUUGCUGUAAAAUUUACUCACAAAACAGUAUUAUAAUAAUACUUUUCGAAAUCAGUAAUGUCGAAAACACAAAAACUAUUUUAUAUUUCUUAACUC